AAAAGCACAAGCCGUCCAAAAACAAAACACUGCCCCUCACGUUAUGUCUCGUGGGGAUUAUGAAUAUUUAGAAAAAAAGUUGAUGGAUGAGAAGAGAAAGAAAAAACUAGAGGAAGCUACUCAAUCCGGAAGCACUGACACCGUCAUUGAUCCUCCAUCUCCCAUCAAACGACACGUGAAGUGAAAGCUAGCCUGCACCAAGAAAACUGGUGACAUGACAUUUGAAGCAGCAAAUGAAAUUGCUGACAAGAUUGAUGCGCUUGAGGAGCAGGCCUCACAGGGUUCCUUUGUUACCCAUGGACGUCAUGAUAUGCUGACUGCUGCCAUUGGGCGACCAGAACACCCUGGUCGUGUGCGUGUUGUAGGAGCCGGUAUAACCAUCAAACAAUACUUUGGAUCAGCUUCAAGGACCUCCUCCAUUGCUCCCGAAUACCUGCAACAGUUCACGCAACAAAUCAAGGACCAACUAGAGGAUUCAAUCACAGAAAAAGUCACUCGACGACUAAUGUUAUCCCUCAGCCAAAUGCAAUCACAGGGACUCGCACUGCCUUCUGAACUUGAUGUUGGUCCUUCAGCUGCUCGUGUCAGCACAAAGGAGAGUUGUGUUGAUCCCUCAGGAAACAAUCCAAACAUCGGUGACUCAUACAAAUGCAGGUUGUAUAUUGAAGAAUAUCCUUCUCGCCUGGUUGCCCUAGGAAGAAUUUAUGAGGGAUCCACAACCAUUCACAACAUUCCUUUGCUGCAUGAUCAAGUCAAGGUUGGUGUUGAGGAGAUUAGAGAUGCAGAUGCUCCCAUUCCUGUACCCACUAAAGAGGUUAAGGUCAUGGGACAGGCUCUUAACACAUUCCUUGCUUGGCUGACACAUCUUGUCAAGCGUUUAUUAGAACAGGAGCUGUGAGACCCGCGAAACCUGCAGAUAGGCUAGAUGAUGAGGUCGAUGAUCCGCUAUAUCUAAUAACAUUGACCAUCCCACAGCUUUUUUUGAAGCCAUUGCUGGUUAUGUGGGAUGCUACCUUGUUUAGUCUGUUUAAUGAAAACUUCCCCUUGUACAUAAAGCAUGAAGAUUUGUCUGAAAUUGCACACGAUGGUCAAUGU